UCAGUCACGUUUGAAGAUGGCUGGUAAAAGUGUAGGAUCUGGAAUCUCUUCUUUAUUACAAGGAUCUUGUAAAUUUUGCAAGCAACGAGCAGCCUGGUUCAAAAGAUAUCCACAGACAUGGUUUAGGGGUUUGCAAACAUCAGCAGCUCGGAAUGAACAGCUUUUUGACAAGAUUCUGAUUGCCAACAGAGGAGAGAUUGCCUGUAGGGUCAUGAAAACGUGUAAACGUCUUGGAAUUAAAACUGUUGCUAUCUAUAGUGAAGCAGAUGCAAAUGCUGUUAUCCAGUCAUGAUCAAGGCUUCCGCUGGUGGAGGUGGCAAAGGAAUGAGAAUUGCUUGGAAUGACGAGGAAACAAAAGAAGGGUUUCGACUCUCAUCCCAAGAAGCAAGAUCCAGUUUUGGAGACGACCGUUUGUUAGUGGAAAAGUUUAUUGACAAUCCAAGGCACAUUGAGAUUCAGGUUCUUGGAGACAAGUAUGGGAAUGCUGUUUAUGUGAAUGAAAGAGAAUGUUCUAUCCAGAGACGGAAUCAGAAAGUCAUAGAAGAAUCACCUAGCCCAUUUGUGGAUCCUGACAUGAGAAAAGCAAUGGGUGAACAAGCUGUCGCACUGGCCAAAGAAGUUGGAUAUGACUCAGCUGGCACUGUGGAGUGUUUGGUUGACUCACAGAAGAACUUUUAUUUCCUAGAAAUGAACACUCGUCUGCAGGUGGAACACCCCAUCACUGAAAUGGUUGCUGGAAUUGAUCUAGUGGAACACAUGAUCAGAGUAGCAGCAGAUCAUCCGCUUAACAUCACGCAGGCUGAUAUUCCCAUCAAUGGCUGGGCUGUUGAGUGCCGUGUGUACGCUGAGGAUCCAUACAAGAAUUUUGGUUUGCCAUCCAUUGGAAGGCUGUACAAGUAUAUUGAACCAACUCAUCUACCAAAUGUUCGCUGUGACAGUGGUAUCAUUGAAGGCAGUGAAAUAAGCAUUUAUUACGACUCCAUGAUAUCGAAGCUGGUUACUCAUUCGCCGACCAGAAAUGAAGCUCUUGAUCUGAUGAACAAGGCGUUGGAUUCUUAUGUUAUCAGAGGUGUCACAUACAAUGUUUCACUUCUCCGUGAUGUUCUUAACCAUCCCAAAUUCCGCCUCGGAACCAUCACCACGAAGUUUCUUCCUGAAGAGUAUCCAAGUGGAUUUAAAGGUCAUCAGUUGACUGAGGAAGAAAGAGAUGAACUACUGGCCACGACAGCCUAUUUCUUCGUGCAAAGAGCAAGAAAAGCGAUGGCCUUCAAGAACCAAAGCAAGCUCAAUGCUGUGAGCAAGAAACCAUCUGCGUGGGACCUGGUAAUUACUUUGCAGAAAGCUGAUUAUCCAGUUGUGAUACAGGCCAAGGAAGACGGAAAUUUCGAGGUCAGCAUAGAUGGAAAGCAAGUGGAUUUCAACACAUCCUCUGGACUGUCAGAUCCGGUAUUCGGAGCCAAGAUAAAUGGAAAUGAUGUUUUGUUACAGACUUUAAAGAAAGAAGGAAAUCUCUUCGCAAUCCAGCACUAUGGAACAACAUACAAGCUACGAGUGCACACGAAGGAUCAGUACGAGUACAUGAAGUACAUGCCAGAGAAACAAGAGGAGGACAUGUCCCCAUUCCUCAAGUCACCCAUGCCUGGCACAGUUGUAUCAGUGGCUGUCAACGUCGGUGACACGGUUCAUGAAGGACAGGAGUUGGCAGUAGUGGAGGCAAUGAAGAUGCAGAACAGUUUGCAUGCAGGACUUUCUGGAACUAUAAAAAAGGUGAAUUUUAAAGCCGGAGACAAAGUUGGUGAAGGAGAUAUUAUGGUUGAAAUUGAACAUCACCCCGACCACUGAGACGGCAAUUCUAUUCUAGGAGGAAAAGUUUAUCACAAUUUUCAGGUCAUGUGAAUUUUUGUGUGCUCAUGGAAGUGACUUCCGCGCACAAGUCUCGUCGACUUCUGCUCGGAAAUGCCAAUGACAAAAUGAACUGACUUCUUUGUGCCCGUGAAAAUGACUCCUGUGAAGCUACAAUUGCUGGCCUACUAAUGAAGUAGGGAGCUCGUGUAUGCUUAUUAUAUGUACAUGCAAAUGAACUGGCGUCCUUAUGGGGCGCGUGCGGGUAAUCAUAGGCGUGCCUGCGCGUUUGAUCUCCGUAUGAACUCCUAGGUGACUUCUAUGUGCAUACACAAUUGACUUAAGUGUGCACAUAAAGAUUACAUCUGCGUGUGUGUACUUGCGUAAGUGACUUCCGGGAGCAUUCACAAGAUUUACUUCUGCCCGAACGUGCAACUGACCCUUGCGU